GAAGAAGACCGUCUACAAGAGCGUCCUGCUGUCCUUCGUGUUGGUCAUCGCGGUGACGGUGCUGCAGAGGGGGAUGACCGCGAACCAGUUCCUUCAGAGUCAACAGCAGAAGGAGCUUUCCCCGGAGCCUAUGAACGCUCAGAAGAGAGAUAACGUCCUCCCGGUGGCCAACAACUUCUGGAAGAAGGAACAAGACCCGUUGACCAAAACGGCCGACGCGACGGAGAAGCAGGCGAGGAGCUGGGACGUCACCACCACCAACUGCACCGCCAACCUCAACUCCAGCAAGGACGACUGGUUCAAAGGCCUGGAGCCCAACUUCCAGCAGUUCCUGCUCUACCGGCACUGCCGCUACUUCCCCCUGCUGAUCAACCACCCGGAGAAGUGCAGCGGGGACAUCUACCUGCUGAUCGUGGUGAAGUCCAUCAUCACCCAACACGACCGCCGGGAGGCCAUCCGGAAGACGUGGGGGCGCGAGAAGGAGGUGGGCGGCAAGAAGGUCCGCACCCUCUUCCUCCUGGGCGUCGCCUCCAAGGAAGAGGAACGGGCCAACUACCAGAAGCUUCUGGAAUACGAGAACCACAUCUACAGCGACAUCCUGCAGUGGGACUUCCUGGACAGCUUCUUCAACCUCACCCUCAAGGAAGUGAACUUCCUGAAGUGGCUCGGCAUCUACUGCGACAACGUCCGGUACGUCUUCAAGGGGGACGACGACGUCUUCGUCAGCCCGGACAACAUCUUGGAGUACCUGGGGGACCAGAAGGCCGGCGACCUCUUCGUGGGCGACGUCCUCCACAAGGCCAGGCCGAUCCGCAAGAAGGAGAACAAGUAUUACAUCCCCAACGCUUUGUACAGCAAGACGCAUUACCCGCCCUACGCCGGCGGAGGCGGCUUCGUCAUGGACAGCCCCCUGGCCCAGAAGCUCCACAGGGUCUCGGAGACCCUGGAGCUGUACCCCAUCGACGACGUCUUCCUCGGCAUGUGCCUGGAGGUCUUGAAGGUCACGCCGGUGGCCCACGCGGGCUUCAAGACCUUCGGCAUCGUGAAAAACAAGAACAGCAAGAUGAACAAGGAGCCGUGCUUCUUCCAGAACAUGCUGGUGGUCCAUAAACUCCUGCCCCCGGAGCUACUCCGCAUGUGGGAUUUGGUCCAUAGUAAUUUGACGUGUUCCAGGAAACUCUACAUUCUUUAG